GCCCUUAGAGGAGGAUCCCUCAGCAGGGUGGUUGUGCAGUGCAGGUCUGACUGACAAGCUUAGUGCGGGGUGGAGUAGUUGGGUGUGGACAGGGAAGGAGAGCUCUGUGUGAGAAAACAGAGGAAGAAAAAAAAAAAAAAAGCACACAUACUGAACCAAGGACUGGCAAAAGGACUAAAGGACUAAGGCUGAAGACCAAAUCCUUUAAGAGAAGGGUCUCUGUUGAGGGACACAGUGGUCUCCUCCAGGGUCCUUUCCCCCAAUGAGUGCAGGAGGACGCCGGUCUGAGGAUGAGCGUUGCUGGAGAGAAACCAUUUGAAACCCCCCUAAUGCACAGCAAGGGCUGGUGGUGAGCAGACAGUAUAGAUACUAUACGUUGUAUGCCUACAGGGCCCCACCCCGUAAACACACCCAGAACGUACUGAAGAGGAGGAGGAGGAGGGGAACCAGACAAAAAAAAAAAAGCAGACAGCCCUGGCUAGUGAAGCCCGUACAAAGGUGGCCGAAGCCUCGCAUGCCUACGGCGCGGAGCUGCUAACCCCGGGGAGGGCGCCGCAGCCGGGCAACGGAACGCCAGUCGGCGGCGGGCGAUGCAUUCGGAGACCCAGGCGGCUUUCAUCGCUUCACCGAUAAUGUCAUCGCAUUGCAAGAUCGGCGCCGAGGCUUCCGCUUCCGCUCUCCUCGCCGACAUCAAGAUGGAGCCGCCUGAGCAGCUCCUGGACAGCGACAGCAGUUUGCAGCAGUCGGAACCCGUCGACUUGUCUCUUCACAAGCCCAAGAACUUGAUCCGGCAAUCCCAGAGCCCCCUUCCCUCGACGUCGGUGAGCACGCCCCCUCCGGUGAUCUCUCUCUCCGGCCUCGGCUCGGCCAUCCCGGCCGUACUUUCCCCGGGUUCCAUCUUGGCCACCACGCAGGGCAGUAGUGGACAGCGGAUCCUGCAUGUCAUUCACACCAUCCCCUCCGUCAAUUUGCCCAGUAAAAUGGGCGGCCUGCAGACCAUCCCCGUCGUGGUGCAGUCUCUUCCUGUGGUGUACACGACGUUGCCUACAGAUGGCGUCACAACGCACCUCACUGUGCCGCUGUUAGGAGCAGAUGGGAAAACUACAGUCGGUGUCCCUGAUGACUGCCACACAAGUUAUAUGAUGAAGUUGUACUGCACUGGUGACGGAUAUAGUCCUACUAUAAUGGUACAGUCCCUGGACACGGAGGUUGAAGAUUCGGAAUCCAAGGUGGACAAGUCUCACUGUUACCGCGGCCAUGUGAGCUUAUCACAGAAUUCAGUUAAAAUAGAGCCAGACUUGUGCCCGGUUGAGGAGAUCAGCGACACCGAUGAUUGUAUAGAGGAGACCUCCUCCUCCUUUCAGGACUCGACAAAUGGGUCACUGAUGCAGCACAGUGGCACAGCUUCGCCAGAUCUUCGGAAAAGAAGAGUUCAUCAGUGUGACUUCGAAGGGUGCAAUAAAGUAUAUACCAAGAGUUCUCAUUUAAAGGCCCACCGGAGGAUACACACAGGGGAAAAACCCUAUAAAUGCACAUGGGAAGGCUGCACAUGGAAAUUCGCCAGAUCCGACGAGCUCACCCGCCAUUUCCGGAAACACACUGGUAUCAAGCCCUUUAUGUGCUCGGACUGUGACCGAACAUUCUCCCGUUCAGAUCACCUGGCACUUCACCGCAGAAGGCACAUCAUGAUGUGACAAAGUUUCCCAGACGCGUGGCAACAUGGACGUAUUGAAGGAGACUUUUCACUUGACUGACAGAUGUGAUACCUUCUCACUUUUAUUAUCCUUUCACCAUUUUUGUUCAGUUUCAUUUUUUUUUUCAUCCAGUAUCUCGUUUUGUGUUUCCGGCACCUUCCUGGUUUUUAGUGUUGUUUUCAAAUAACUUUAUUCUGUUAUAUUUAUCUUGACUGCUAAGAAGCUAUCGAAAGCCAUCAAAGCAAAUUAUAAUAGACCGCCUUGCUCAAACGUGACCUCUAAAUCCAAGAUCAAAAAUGUAAUAUAGUGCAGUUUACCAAUCCUUGGA